GCGUUGUAAUUGUUACUACAACGAUAUAAACAAACAAUUCGAAUAAUUAUUAACAUAAAUUGUUGCUAUUUGAACAAUUUUAUUGAUAGAAUAAGUUUCAAAGAAAUUUUUAAAGAAAUUUUAAAGAAAUUUGUUUUGAAUUAUUGGAUUAAACUGUAAAUAUUGUGUGAAUGAUGUGUCAAUAUGGUUGAUUUGGGUGAGAACAAGAACCGAUUCGUAUGUCCGAACGAUCGUCAAUUAUCACUGAGAGCAAAGUUAAAAACAGGAUGGAGCGUGAAAACAUCAUCGUACGGGCAGAGGCAGCAGUUGGAGCCGAUAAAUAUCGAAGAACAAGAGACUAUUAUCGAGGUAAUUAAACGGAAUGAGCAGUUGGAGUGCAUGGAGCAGGAACGAGUUGGAAAAUUGAUGGAACGAUUGGAGAAACUGAGAAGAAAUGCACUUGGGAAGACACAGAAGCAGUGUUUACUUUGUGGAGAGCAUUUUGGUUUCCUUGGAACGCAGAAAUUAACUUGCAACGACUGCAAACAGAGUGUUUGCCAUAAAUGUUCGAUUGAUGGAUCAAUUAGUUGUUUGUGUCUGAUUUGUUCGGAAACGAGAGAAGUUUGGAAGAAAUCAGGCGCCUGGUUCUUCAAAUCUUUCCCAAAAUUUGUACUGCCACCACCUAUCAAUUCGUCAAUGGCAAGGAAAUCUAAAAUCGACGAGGAAGACAAUAGCAGCGACGAUGAACCGAAGCCACGGAUGUGGAAAGUCGAGAGGAGGAACUCAAGUACUGAGAGUACUCAACUUCAAGACUCUCUGGAGUAUUCCCGUCAAGCAAGCAGUUCCGAGUCGCAAAUCUCCAAAGACGAAGGCUACGAUUUCGAUACGAUGUCCCGACGAGAGUCACUUUUAUCCCGCUCGGUCUCCGAACUCUACUGGAGCGACGACCGCAUCUCACCGGGCGCCUCCAGCCUGGCGUCCAUCUUCAAAAACCCGGCCGAUGAACGUAAGCAGCUGGACGCGUCCCUGGGGAUCAUGGAAUUGGCGCUAACGUACGACCCCAUCACGUCCACCCUCCACUGCACGAUUUAUCGCUGCAAGAAUCUGAUCCCGAUGGACAUAAACGGCCUCAGCGAUCCGUACUGCAAGAUCAAUGUGCUUCCCAGCGUCAACAAGUCCACAAGGCUCAAGACUAAAACCGUCCACAAGACGAGGAAUCCGGAGUUUAAUGAGUAUCUUACUUUUUAUGAGAUUACCGAGAGUGAUCUGGCGAGGAAAGCGCUGCAUGUGAUUGUUGUGGAUGAUGAUAAAUAUGGGGAUGAUUAUAUGGGAGAGAUAAGGGUGCCACUUGCGAAAUUAAAAGUUCAAAACACUGUUUAUUUAACUCUUCCAUUGGAACGUCUCACACCAGAAAACAAAGUUCCUGGACUUGAACUAACAGAAUGGUUUGAUGACUACGGUACAUCCCGAGGACAAAUAUUAAUUUCUUUAUGUUAUAACACAAAGAAAAGGGCACUGCUUGUAACAAUAAUGCGCUGUGCAAAUUUACUACCGAUGGAUAACAACGGAUAUUCAGAUCCGUUUGUCAAGCUACACCUCCGGCCUGAUCCAUAUCAUCGAAAACACAAAACCACCACGAAGAGGAAAUGUUUAAAUCCUGUUUACAACGAAGAAUUCGCAUUUGAGAGUCGUCCUAAUGAAUUGGCAACGCAGGCGUUGCACAUAGCUGUGUGGGAUAAAGAUUUUGGUAAACCUAAUGACUACCUAGGAGGGUUGGUUAUUGGUGGAGCAGGAUCAAAAGGACAACGACUCAAACACUGGCUGGAUAUGAUACAUUAUCCUGACCACAGGCAUGAAUUAUGGCAUAAUCUAACUGAAAAUCAAACAGAGUAAGGUAUGUUUAGUUACAAUGUAUUAAAGUUGAAGUAAUGACCAAUCAUGAUGACCACAAUGUUAUAUAUCAAAAGAAUAGUAUAUAAUAUGAUAUAUUUUUGAAUUUAUAAGUAUAUAUUAGAUUGUUUUAAUGGAGAUAACUUAUUUAUAUCAUAUGAAAUGCUUAUUUUUGAAUAAUCAAGGUUUUUGAUGCUUUACAAAACGAAGAAUUGUGUAUAUUUGGAUAGUUUAUAUUUAUUAUGUCCAGAAAUAAAUUAUUAUACAAGAUGAAGCUAAGCAACAAAUAAAUAUUUUAACAGCUU